CCUCCUCUCGGGAGGGGCACUAACAGCGGUAUGCUGUAUAUUGUGGGGCACAGUGUAGAGGCCGCGAUGUCACCUGAGGAUGCGGUUAUGGUGUGCACAGAGCGUUAUGGAUCAGGCAACGUUCUCAAGUACAUAAAAUGUGAUGACGGGACUGUGUGCUGCCAGAGGGCGCACCCAGCGCACAAAUACCGCCCACUGAGGGACUGCUUCACGAGUCUGUUCCUCCCUCAUGGUUUUCCAGACAGCGUCAGUGAAGAUUACUUGGAAUACCAGCUCUGGGACACACUGCAGGCCUUCUCCAGCAGUGUGACGGGUUCUCUGGCCACUCAUGCUCUCCUCCGAGGAUCUGGUGUUGGUGACAGUGCAGCCACUGUGACAGGAGCGACCAUUACCUGGAUCCUGCGAGAUGGCACCGGGAUGGUUGGACGCAUUCUCUUCGCCUGGAUGAAGGGGAGCCGUCUUGACUGCGACGCCAAGCGCUGGAGGCUCUUUGCCGACGUGUUAAAUGACCUGGCCAUAUUCAUGGAGAUCUUGGCUCCCGUCUUCCCAUCCUGCUUUACUGUGACCGUCUGCAUUGCCGGAGUAUUUAAGUGCAUCGUGGGAGUGGCUGGAGGGGCGACACGUGCCGCACUCACCGUGCACCAAGCCAGGAGAGACAACAUGGCCGAUGUGUGUGCCAAGGAUGGGAGCCAGGAGACGCUGGUGAAUCUGGCCGGACUCCUUGUCAGUCUUGUCCUCGUCCCGAUGGUGUCUGACGGCAUCUGGGGAACCUACCUCCUCUUCCUCCUCCUGACAUGUCUGCACCUUUAUGCAAAUUAUCGCGCUGUUCGUUCUGUUGUCAUGGAGACGCUCAACCAAUCAAGACUUAGCAUAGUGCUGGAGCAUUAUCUGCUAGAGGGCCGGGUCCUGAGCCCGGCUGAAGCCAACCCAAAGGAGCUGCUCUUACCAGGUCUUGGUGCACAAGUCCCAGUGGAUGUUGGCGUCGCCCUGAACGCUGUGGUCUCCAGCGCCUCACAGCUGGAACUCUUAAAGAAAGGCAAUGACUCUCUCUACCUGCUGGGGUGGAGGAGGGACACAGGCCGCCUUGCGGUUGUUUUACAUGAGAAGGCGAGCAGCGCUGACAUCAUCAGAUCCGUGGUUCAUGCUGAGAUUCUUCACAGGAAAACCUUCAGCUCAGAUCCCGCCCGCUAUGGCAUCCUGGCAGAGACGCACGGACUGGUCAGCGGCAUGUUCCCAGACUUCCAUCAUGGGCUGUGCGCCGCAGGCUGGGUGACUGACCGAAACCUUCUGGACUCCGAUGACUGGAGGGCAAAUUGGGACACGAGUAAAGGGCUGUGACACUGCGUCCCGACAGCACUCGCAGGGUUCACUCUAUUAACCCCUUAAGGGCCACGCCCAUUUUUGGCUUUGCAUUUUUGUUUUUUCCUCCCCAGGUUCCAAUAGCCAACUUUUUUAUUUUUCCGUUCACAUAGUCAUACGGGGGCUUAUAUUUUCCUUCUCUUUUAUUGGAAAACAAGAAAAAAA